UUCAUAUUGCGCAUGCGCUUUCUACUUUCCAGCAAGUAAACAGCAAGCAGGAAGCUGUCUAUUUUAUAUCGCUGGGACAGGACAAAUGGAGAGGUAGCACUGCUGGAGUGUGUGUGAUCAGAGUGUUGGCACCAUGACUGAGUGUUUCUUGCCACCUACCAGCAGUCCCAGUGAACACCGUCGGGCUGAGCAUGCUGGAGGAAUGGCUCGCACCCCCAGCUCUGAGGAAAUCAGCCCAACCAAAUUCCCAGGGUUGUACCGUACUGGAGAGCCUUCCCCACCACAUGAUGGGUUACAUGAACCCCCUGAUGUAGUUUCUGAUGAUGAGAAGGAGCACAAUAAGAAAAAGGGGAAAUUCAAAAAGAAAGAAAAAAGAACUGAAGGUUAUGCAGCUUUCCAAGAAGACAGCUCCGGUGAUGAGGCAGAGAGCCCCUCCAAGAUGAAGCGAUCAAAGGGGAUCCAUGUGUUCAAGAAGCCCAGCUUUUCAAAAAAGAAAGAAAAAGAUUUCAAGGUAAAGGAGAAGCCUAAGGAAGAGAAACAUAAGGAAGACAAGCACAAAGAGAAAAAAUCAAAGGACUUGACCGCAGCUGAUGUGGUAAAACAAUGGAAAGAGAAGAAAAAGAAGAAAAAGCCCAGUGCUGAGCCAGAAGUUGUUCCAGUAGAGGUGCCUAGUGCUCGGCCUGUUUUUGGAGUUCCCUUGGAAGAGGCAGUUGAAAGGACAAUUGUGUAUGAUGGUAUUCGUUUACCUGCAGUCUUCCGUGAAUGCAUAGAUUACAUAGAGAACUAUGGCAUGAAAUAUGAAGGCAUCUAUCGAGUAUCAGGAAUGAAGUCCAAAGUUGAUGAGCUGAAAGCUUCAUAUGACCGUGAAGAGUCUCCUUGUCUUGAAGAGUAUGAGCCUCACACAGUAGCCAGUCUUCUCAAGCAGUAUUUGCGUGAGCUGCCUGAAAACCUUCUGAGCCGUGACCUGACAGCACGAUUUGAAGAAGUCUGUGGGCGACCAUCUGAUGCUGACAAAGUACAAGAGUUCCAGAAGAUCUUAGCUGAUAUGCCAGUCUGUAACCGUUUGCUGCUUUCCUGGCUGAUUAUUCAUAUGGACCACAUUAUUGCCAAAGAGGCAGAUACUAAGAUGAAUAUUCAGAACAUAUCUAUUGUUCUGAGCCCCACUGUACAGAUUAGUAAUCGAGUGCUGUACGUAUUCUUCACUCAUGUGAAAGAGCUUUUUGGGGAUGUAAAGCUCAAACCAGUGGUAAAACCACUUAGAUGGUCAAACAUGGCCACUAUGCCUGCUCUGCCAGAAACCCAGGAGAGUAUUAAAGAAGAAAUACGCAGACAGGAGUUUCUUUUAAACUGCCUUCAUCGAGAUCUGCAAGCUGGAGUUAAAGACUUGUCAAAAGAGGAGAGACUGUGGGAAGUUCAACGAAUACUAACUGCAUUGAAGAGGAAGCUCAGAGAAGCCAAAAGACAGGAGUGUGAAACCAAAAUUGCUCAAGAAAUUGCAAGCCUUUCUAAAGAAGAUGUAUCUAAAGAAGAAAUGAAUGAAAAUGAAGAAGAGGUCAUCAAUAUCCUCUUAGCCCAGGAAAACGAGAUCUUGACAGAACAAGAAGAACUAAUAUCAAUGGAACAGUUCCUGCGACGUCAAAUUGCUUCUGAAAAAGAAGAAAUUGAGCGUCUACGGGCAGAAAUAGCUGAAAUUCAAAGUCGGCAGCAACAGCAUGGACGCAGUGAAACAGAAGAGUACUCUUCUGAGAGUGAAAGUGAGAGUGAGGAUGAAGAGGAACUGCAGCUGAUACUGGAGGACUUACAAAAGCAAAAUGAGGAACUGGAGAUUAAAAACACACAUCUAAACCAAGCAAUCCAUGAGGAACGAGAAGCAAUUAUUGAACUCCGAGUUCAGCUCCGUCUUUUACAGACGCAGAAAAUGAAACAAGAGCAACAGAACCAAGAAAAUGGGGUGGAGGAGUUGGGAAAACGCACAGUCAGCACUGCCAGCAUUCAUCAGCUUAGAGAUCCGGGGCUGUCGGAGGCCAAGGCAAGCAAGGAACCUCCAAAACCAUCGCCAAGCAAAGAUCGGAGGGAGACUCCCAUCUGAGGAGUCUCUUCAGUGAAACUGAUAUGGCAGCUACUUUUUCACCUUGUAAUUGCUAAAGGUGUAUAACAUUUUGAUUUUCGCAGAACUUGGGGGAUAUUGUGCCUAAAUCCCUUCGUGCUGCAGAAUAAUUUGUUGGCGGUGACGUGAUAGUCGGGGUCAGUUCUGCCUGAGAGUGUCAUGUCCAGCUACUGUUGGUUGUCAGCGAGUUUGAUUUUUUGACUGUCUCUAGCCACAUCAUAGCAUUUGAAUUUGGACACCGUAUGCACCACAUUAUUAAUUAAUUCACUACCAAUAAUGAUGUUUUCGACUAGAUAUUUCAACUUACCAUGGGGUUGGUAGCAGUUUACUUCUUACGAUGCACUUGUGAUUUUUUUAUUUCUUUUUUUAAAGUAUAACAGUGUUAGGGAGAGUAGAAUGCUCUAGCUGAAUAAACCGGACAUGAGCUCCACAAAGUCAGUAUAAGCAUCCCAUUGAAACACUGGCACUGUUUAACACAGUGGCUAUUACUGCAAAAAGUAGAGACGACAAAACUGUGAAAGGCUUGUUUGAGUGUGCACAAAUAAAAUGCCACAGGGAACUCUGAAUGUAGCAGUGUUUAAGAUGUACACAAGUGAAUUGGGACCCACACAUUCCAUCUUCUCAUGCCAUGUCCUUGUGUCCGUCACUGUUCAGACCCAGCAUUGUGACAUCUGCUGUCCAAGAGCUGGAAACGUGAGCUUAUUGUUUACACAAACACGCAGGUGUGCACAUAAAAAUAGGCUAAAUAAUAAGAGGCGACUGGCAAACCAUGAACCAUGUAAAUAAGAGUGCUUAAGAAAUGUCCAUUCUGCAUUUGUUGCGGUUGAGUUGUGUGCCCAAAUGCUGACCCAUUCUUGAUGUUUAGCGUGUCGGUAUGCAAAAUAAUUCCUAAAAUGCACAAUGUAUAGAAAACUUCAUGUUCUUCUCAGCUAGGGUAUUGUUGCACUGCACUACGUGUGGUAUACUUGUUGACAAGGCACUUCCAGAUAAUGGUGAGUGUCCGUCUACUCUGCUCGUUUAGGAUGUCUUGCUGUUGGGGUCCUCUUUUUAACCAAGUGCCUAAUUUUUAGAGAGCUCUCCCCUUGGGGCUGGCAAUGUCGUUAUCCUUGAUUUUAAUGUUCAGACUUCUCAUAAUGAGAUUACAGAAGUUAUCGUCUAACAGACACCUUCAUGUUAACGCAGACAUGUCUUGUCAGUAGAGCAGAAAUGAAGUGUCCGAGGCGACAUCUGUCAGAACGGUUUUGCAUGUAUACUGCUAAUGCACAUGAAAACGACGCUCGGUGAAGUGGGGUGGCAUCACUUUGUUGGCAGUUGACGUGAGCCUGGCUUGUGAUGAUACUUCCACAUAACUUGAAUUUAAGAUGAAGCUGCCUAUUGUUUCUUGUAAUGCUGAAACUGUCUUUUAAAAAAAA